AAUGUCUGCGUAUCUGUCCUGCCAGUGUAGCAGAGAACGAUUUUAUUUAUUCAUGAUAAGCGUCGCGACUGGUAAGCGGUCCGAUCAGCGCUUGGCGUUUUCAGAACUGGUAGCGGUUUGAUAUCAGUGCUUGACUUGACAACCGGGUAAGCUCAAGGAAAUUGAGCAAAAGCGAAAGCACCUAGGAAAUCAGCCGUAGGUGAGCCACAUUUUUUAUUUAACGGCGGGAAUCUUCAAGUGAAUGACCCACAAAUGAAUAAACUGUUGUCUAAUUGAGGAAGACAACGCCAUCAAUCAAUUUUAUCGCUGAGUGAAACGAAAGAAGGAGCUGCUAAUCCGUGAGAAUGCAUUUAAAGACGUACAAAAGGCCUCAACAACCCAACGAAAUGAAAGAAAGAACGCCGACAAACUGUCACGAAUGGGAAAAUAAUUUUUCAGCCUACGACAAUAUGAAGAAAACUUCAAGUGUAAAAGAGAACUCUGAAGGGGCGAACAAGACAAAGUACGGCUUGUCAAGCAACCAAAUCCCUGAAGUGUUCAGGACGCCAUUCAUCGUGUCUGGUUAUCGACGACCCGGAUUAACCUUCUGGGAAUGUAUCAGAAGUUUGCUCCGAUCUUCCAACGAAACUAUAAACGUCUGGAGCCACCUGCUUGCUCUAGUACUGUUCGUGUCUGUAAACAUGACGUCCUUACCCACGACUGACCCAUUUUUUCUGCCGCUGAUCUCCUUCGCCGUGGGAAUUUCGGUUCUGUAUUUAAUGAGUUCCUCUGCACAUCUUUUCAACUGCAUGUCAGAGGAUUCCCAUAGAAUUUGUUUCUUCUUUGACUACGCGGCUAUCGGGUUUUACACGUUCACGGCCGGGCAAGCAAUGUUUUUCUACUCUAGGACCGCGGGCGCGUCUGCUUGGGCAGUGCACGAUUCGCUUACCGUUUUCCAGUCUAUUUCGACGUUCUUUUCGUUUUUCAUAACUUUUUUGUGUUGCGCAUCAAACCAUCCACGUUGUAAAGAUUACAAAGCCUUGCUGAGGGUCGCCGUUCUUGCCGUAAAUUGGCUUGUUAUCACAUCCCCGUACACGGUCCGUAUUUUGUUAUGUGAAAACGCCGACCCAGCGUAUAACCGCAUAUCCACGGUGUAUUUCAAACGUCAUGUUGUCUUCUGCGGUUUAGGCGCCGCGCUGUACGCCGCGAGAGUUCCAGAACGUUUAAUGGCAGGUGUGUUCGAUAAUUUUGGCCAAAGCCACAACUUAGCUCAUAUAUUGAUCGCCAUGGGUAUCCAACAGGCGUUCAACGCGGCCCAAGUGGAUCUUCAAGAAAGGAGAUCAGCUCUGUUAGAUCGUUUUUCUUCACAGCCCACUCUUAUGAACACGGUCGGCGUGGCCAUGUUUGUUCUCUUUGGACAUGUUGCUAUUGUCUUGUGGUGUGCGGGAAAGCUGCGUUCUGUAAAGCACAAAUCUGAGAGUAUUAACAAUUAGUUAUCGCAUAAACUGAGAAUGAUUUCAGACUUAUUUUUAAGGCUUUAAAUAUUACAUUUUCUUUGAGUCCUUUCCGCAUUUUUCAAAAACGGUGAUAUAAGAUCUCCUAAAAACCAAAAAUAGUGUAGGAAUGAGUUUUAUCUCCAUUUAAUGUAGCUACUUAGCGAUGUAUUGACUCGUUCUCCGCAGCGUGCAAAAUUAUACUGAUGUGAUUUAUGUAGGCGACAGAGAGCCUUAUCCAAGAGUGUUUAGCGGCAUAAAAUCGCUCAGGUUGUUUAAAGAACAUGAAU